GAGGCACGUGCCGUUCAUCUCGCUUUACGAGGGUUUAAGACACAUUUACAUGGCCCCGUUGAUAUCCGCGUUGACAAUACAACGGUUAUGAACAUUAUGCGAAAAGGAAAUACGCAUUCACAGGCGUUAGUAAAGGAAGCUAACGCCAUAGAUAGAGUUCUGCGCCUACACGGCGUUCCAGCAAAGUGGAGUUAUGUAGCUUCAGAGAACAACCCAGCGGACGGGAUAUCCAGAGGCAAUACCAUCAAAAAAUCGGACUUAGCGAAGGGGUGGAACUUGCGAAGGGGAGAGCGGGAAGCGGGAUAA